GUUAUGCCUUUGCACACCAAGCCAAGGCUUGACCCAUUUCGAAAGUAAGAGGGGGACGCAGCGUGUAUAUGUAAAAAGAAAGGGUUAUGUGGAUUUUUCACAACCCCUGAAAGGCUCAAUGAUUAUGUACGUGCGCUGGAUUCCAUGAACGAACACUAUAGGGUAGUACAAUAUCCUGAUGUAACAACCGAGAGCCAGCGCUAAGAGUACAUUGCUAAUUACUUUGCGCAUGAAGGGAUUGCGUUAAGACCUGAAAAGAUCGAAAAGAACCCCGGCCUUAGACAAAUUUCUAAAUUAGCUCUAAAUUCUUUAUGGGGAAAAUUUGGGGAAAGGAAAGACAGAGUACAAUCGGAAUUCGUUUUUUCAAUCACAGAGGUUUUUUGAGUUAAUGCACAGCGCUGAGAUUAAUGUACAGGAUUUGCACCUAAUUAAUGAAGAAGAUAUUGAAGUGGUUUAUCAAAAGCAUAAGGACUUUGAGCCUGAAAAUAAUAGAUGUAAUAUUUUCAUUGCUAUUUUCACGACUGCAUAUGGCAGAUUAGAGUUCCAUAGGGUUAUACAUGAGUUAGGUCCUAGAGCACUUUACUUAGACACAGAUAGCAUAGUCUUCGUCAAAAAUCUAGAUAAUAACGUUGAGUAUGAGCCAGGAACCUCUGAUUAUUUGGGAGACCUCACAAACGAAUUACAGCCAAAUCAGCAUAUUGGACGCUUCUUUUGUGCUGGACCUAAGAAUUACGCCUAUUGUACAAACGAUGGGGCUACGGUGGUGAAGGUGCGAGGAUUUCAGUUGAAUCAUAGAAAUUCUCAACUGAUUAACUUAGAGAGUAUGAAGGCAUUGAUAGAGGAUUACGAAAGAGGCGGUACAAUUCAAGUAGUCAAUGAAAACAAGAUCACCCGUCAACCUAUCACGAGAAAGAUUGCCAACAAACGAGAAGAAAAGACCUAUAGAGUUGUGUUUGACAAACGAAUAUUGAUUGAUGGCGGCAAAGAUACUAUACCUUAUGGAUAUGAUUGGUCUCCUCCUGACAUCGAAAGAGAAAAACGUAAACAUGCUCCUCACGUUGAUAUCAAUUUAUUGCCCUUAUUCUCUGUACACUCUGAUCUGGAGCUCGAAAGGUCAUAAGGAGAACUGUUUCUUUACGAAAACAAAAAUCCAGAAAACGCGACGUGUGACAUUGCAUCAGAUAUUGAAUCAGAUAUUGAUAUUAUGCAAACUUCUGAGUCUGAAAGUGAAUCUGAUAAAGUUUAUAAUGAAGAAGAUUUGGACUUCUUGAAUGAUGCUACCGUAGAAGAAAGCGAAGAUCGAUCUUUUUACAGAGAGAUAGAUAACUAUGAAAUAUUGUGAAUAUGGCAUGGUUUCUGAGAUUUGAACUUAUUUAUAUUUAGUUUUUUCUUAGGAAAUAUGUGUUUUUUAAUCAUCUAUUGUAAAUAGAUU